AUGGAUGAAAAACGAGAUUAUAACAAGAUCCUAGAAUUUCUAGAAGAUGAACACAGACACGAUCUAGCUUUGCAUCUUUUCCUGGCCCACUUGCUACAUCGAGUGAAUCCUAGUUUUCCCCAGAAGAAAUGGAGCUCAUGGCCUAUGGGUCGAUCUAAAGUGCCCGAGGUCCACGACGUUUAUGAAGAUUCGAUUGAGGAUCAGAAACGUGUUCAGUAUGAAAAGAUGAAUCCAGAACCUGUUGAUGAACAAUUUGCAAUGUCCUUUAAAAGGAGUCAGCUGAACAUGAUGGUUGCAAAGAAGAAGCUGAAAGACCUACCGAACGCUGUAUUGGUCAACGCUAUUAAUGAUAUCGUGGAGCAAACCAUCAAAAGGAAGCUCUCUCAACAAAAGCUAUCCCUAGAUCUAGACCACAAAUUAAGUGCUAAUAGGGCACUUUCUCUACGAAUUGCUGACCGCGUCAGUCGAACGUUGUGGAGACUUCAGAAGAGAAAUGCUUUCAAGACCAGUAAGAUGCUGGCCAAUAAUUGGCAAGACGUGCAAAUUGCUAAUGUGCUUGGCAGGUCCAGGACUGAUAAAGCACCCAUAGAGAGUUACCGCCGAAGCUAUGAAACAGCCCGUUCUCUUUUCAUGGAACGCCAUGAACAAUACCAAUACGACGAUUCACCAUAUGGCAGUGAAGCUGAGACAGAUUCUGAUAAUGACCCUAAUUUUGUCAUGACCGCUCCCGAGUUCGAAGUCGAACAUCAUCUUGAAGCCAUAGAUAAGGAAGCUACCAUGCCAUCUAAACAGAAGACUGAUCCGCAAGCAGAACUCGCAAAGAGAAAAGUGGAGUUCCAGACCAAAGAAGCUAUCUUUACUAGCUGCUGGGAUGACGCUGCAUCUACAUCAGUCCUUUCCUUUGCACCCGAUAACUCGGUCCCCUAUAAAGUUCAUUCUGGUCCGCUACUGGAAGAAAGGGAGGACAUUCUUGCUACUAACGUGGUGAAUAAAAAGGAUUAUCAAAUUCAUUUUACUAAAUAA